CACCUGCAGCUCUCUCCUCCUCACAGCAACACCUUCCCUCUCCUGAAGAGACUCGCUGAAGCAGCCGACCUGAGCUCAGAGCUACGAACAAACGGAGACAUGGCCUCUCGAAUUGCACUUCUCCUCUUGCUGGGUGCCGUCUGUGUUGGGUUUACAGCAGCUCAAACUGUGGAGGACUGCUGUCUGGUGGUCAGCACGAAGCCCGUGCCGCUCAAACUCAUUGAAAACUACAUCAUUCUGGAAGCUGGGAAUGGCUGCGACAUCAGCGCUACUGUGUUCAUUACAAAGGCUGGACGGAAACUGUGCGUCUCCCACCCUGACGAUAGACCAUGGGUGAAAAGUCACAUCAAUUAUCUGAAGGCGAAAAAAACUCAAUAAAUCAGGUGUAGAGAGGAGAGGACUCUGGAAAGAGAUGGCUGAAGAAGAUCAAGAAGGACCGACUCUAAACUGAGAGCGACAGAACGGCCACGAUGUACUGUAGAAGAUCAUUGAGGAAUGAUCUUAUUUAUGCCGAU